AGGAAGUUCGUUAGGGGAAGGAUCAUAUCGAUCAUGGGAACGCUAUCAUCGUAACUUCUUCACUUUUUGUCUGCUUUUUUUGCGUUUUUUACCAUGACUCACACAGAGGCUGUUCUGUGUUUAAACCUGCUCCUGUUUCUCCAAGUUCUUGCUCAGUUCAGGAGUAAUGGACGGCAACAGUGGCCCGUUCCAUACAGGCGGUUUGAUCGUCGCCCUGAUGUGGACUCCUACUGUGAGGCUCUCUACCCGUUCUGUCCCACUGGGGACCGGGAUGGAAGGAUUCCCUACAUGAGAGACAGCGAUGUCAUCUCAGUUUAUCGACUGCAAACACCUGUGUGGGAAUUCAAGUAUGGAGAUUUGCUGGGGAAAAUUCAUAUCAUGCAUGAUGCCAUUGGGUUCAGCAGUUCAGAUACGGGGGCAAACUACACCAUGGAGUGGUAUGAGCUGUUUCAGCUUGGUAACUGCACCUUCCCUCACAUCAGGCCCGAGGUGUACCCGCCUUUCUGGUGCAACCAGGGAGCUGCCUGCUUCUUCGAAGGCAUCGAUGACUUACACUGGUCACAAAACGGCACCUUGGAGAAAAUAGGAGAACUCACAGGGAGCCAGUUCAAUGACAUGGCUCAGUGGGUCCAGGACGACAAUGAGACCGGGAUCUACUAUGAGACGUGGACAGUUCGCUCAGACCCCAGCCCCAAUGCCACAGUGUGGUUUGAGUCUUACGACUGCUCACAGUUUGUCCACCGCACGUACAGGAAACUGACUGAGCUCGGAGCCAAACUAUCCAGCAGAUCACAAACCAACUACACCAAGAUCUACCUGUACAGUGGAGAGCCAACCUACCUCGGCAACGACAGCGCUAUAUUCGGACAGCCUGCUCUGAAGAAUCUGGCAGUGGACAUCCGUAAAUUUUACCACACAUUUAGACUACACCAGUCCUUUAUAGACUUUGCCAUAAGUCUGUUGGAGGCUUAUAAAAAGGUUGUGUUGGACAAGAGUUUCUACCUCUACUACAACUUUGAGUACUGGCAUCUGCCAAUGAAGCCUCCGUAUGUACAGAUUACAUAUGAAGAGGUGCCUUUGCCUUAACAUAAAACUGUUACUAGUGUUUUCAUUAAGGGCUGCAAAUCAUUUUUGAUUAAUGGUUAAUCUGUUAAGAUUAAGAUUUUCAUUGCCAACGAUCACUACUGUUAUUGUUGAGCACAUGGCAAAUAAGAACAAACAAGCAUAUUUUAAUGUUUAAGAAUUUGAAACCAGCUAAUGUUUGCCAUUUAGGAAUGUUUAAUGACUUAAAGGUCCAAUGUGUAGGAAUUUCUCCCAUCUAGCGUUGAGAUCAUAUUUUGCAAUCAACUCUCUCGC